CAGUUUGCAAACUGCUUUUUUCUCCUCUUCACUUUUGAACUGGAUUUGGGCAAUGGAGAUGAUGCCAGCAUUUUUGAAGGCAGAGCAGAAAUCUCUAGGUGUUUAGGCACACUGAAAAGAAACUCGAUGAAGCUGCUGAGGCGGAAAAGAGGGACAUUCACUAAUGGCGUGGACUUUAAAUGACUGCAUGUCUCCAAACUAAGGUUUUGCAAAGCCCUUAGAAUUCCAGUUCAGCAAACCAGUUCUGCAGUCUCCUCAAUGUGCUUCCCAAUGAUGACAGCUACCCUUAACAUCUUCUCAGACCUGGAAACUUAUCUGUGUGAAAGAAGUAUAGUUUUGUUGAAGUACAACUAGGAACAGAGGCUACCACUGGGCAAGAAAACCACUGACUCCCAUGAUUAUGGAGAUGGCCCGUCUGCUGCUGAAAAUGUCUCCAGCCUUUUGACAACGGCUAAAUAACCAUGGGGUCCAGUGGCCUGGGGAAAGCUGCAACACUUGAUGAACUACUGAGCACCUGCAUUGAGAUGUUUGAUGACACUGGAGAAUUGAGUAACAGCUAUUUGCCAAGAAUAGUUCUACUGAUGCACCGAUGGUAUUUAUCGUCCACCGAACUAGCAGAAAAACUUCUCUGCAUGUAUCGAAAAGCCAGUGGAGACCACUGUGAUGAGUUUCGACUCAAGAUCUGCUACUUCAUGAGGUACUGGAUUCUGAAGUUUCCUGCAGAGUUUAAUUUGGAUCUUGGUUUGAUUCGUAUGACAGAGGAAUUCCGGGAAGUAGCUAGUCAACUAGGAUAUGAAAAACACAUCAGCCUCUUGGACAUCUCCAGCGUUCCUUCCUAUGACUGGAUGAGAAGAGUCACACAGAGGAAAAAAGUAUCCAAGAAGGGAAAAGCCUGUCUGCUGUUUGACCAUCUGGAGCCCAUUGAAUUGGCUGAGCACCUCACUUUUCUGGAGCAUAAAUCUUUUAGAAGGAUCUCAUUCACUGAUUACCAGAGCUAUGUCAUCCAUGGUUGCCUGGAGAAUAAUCCAACUUUGGAGAGAUCUAUUGCUUUAUUUAAUGGAAUCUCUAAGUGGGUCCAGUUGAUGGUUCUUAGCAAGCCAACUCCUCAGCAAAGGGCAGAAGUCAUCACAAAGUUUAUUAAUGUUGCAAAGAAGCUCCUUCAGCUCAAAAAUUUCAACACCUUGAUGGCAGUGGUUGGAGGCCUAAGUCAUAGCUCCAUUUCUCGCCUCAAAGAGACCCAUUCUCACCUCUCUUCAGAAGUUACAAAGAACUGGAAUGAAAUGACUGAGCUGGUCUCCUCCAAUGGCAAUUACUGCAAUUACCGCAAGGCCUUUGCUGACUGUGAUGGCUUCAAAAUCCCCAUCCUUGGCGUGCACUUGAAAGACUUGAUAGCGGUCCAUGUCAUUUUUCCAGACUGGAUGGAAGAGAACAAAGUGAACAUUGUGAAAAUGCACCAGCUCUCUGUUACCCUGAGUGAACUGGUCUCCCUGCAGAAUGCCUCUCACCACUUGGAACCUAAUAUGGAUUUGAUCAACCUGCUCACUCUUUCUCUGGACCUCUAUCACACAGAAGAUGAUAUUUACAAACUGUCACUGGUGCUGGAACCUAGAAAUUCAAAAUCGCCUACCUCUCCUACGACGCCCAACAAGCCUGUGGUACCCCUGGAGUGGGCCUCAGGGGUUAUACCAAAGCCAGACCCCACAAUCAUCAACAAGCACAUAAGGAAGUUGGUUGAGUCCGUGUUCAGAAACUACGAUCACGACCAUGAUGGAUACAUCUCUCAAGAGGACUUUGAGAGUAUAGCUGCCAACUUCCCCUUCCUGGAUUCCUUCUGUGUGCUAGACAAAGACCAGGAUGGCCUAAUUAGUAAAGAUGAAAUGAUGGCUUAUUUUCUGAGAGCUAAAUCCCAACUUCACUGUAAAAUGGGACCAGGAUUCAUCCAUAAUUUUCAGGAGAUGAACUAUCUCAAGCCAACCUUCUGUGAACACUGUGCGGGAUUUCUCUGGGGCAUAAUCAAACAAGGAUACAAAUGCAAAGACUGUGGAGCCAACUGUCACAAACAGUGCAAAGAUCUUCUGGUUCUGGCUUGCAGGAGGUUUGCCAGGGCGCCUUCCCUGGGCAGCAGUCAGGGGUCACUGCCUGGAAGCCCUGCCUUGCCCCCAGUUCAGGAUGAGGUGUUUGAGUUUCCUGGGGUCACUGCUGGACAUCAGGACCUGGACAACAGAGCCAUCACACUGGUCACAGGGUCAUCUCGCAAGAUCUCCGUGAGGCUACAGCGGGCUACCACCAGCCAGGCCACCCAAACAGAACCUGUCUGGUCAGAGGCUGGCUGGGGAGACUCAGGGUCUCAUACCUUCCCCAAAAUGAAAUCCAAGUUCCAUGACAAAGCAGCAAAGGACAAAGGAUUUGCCAAGUGGGAAAACGAGAAGCCCAGGGUACAAGCUGGUGUGGAUGUUGUAGACCGAGGCACUGCAUUUGAACCCGAAACAGAUGAAGGUCAGGAUGAAGCCAUACAGGAUGGAGAGGAUGGCUGAGUUCAGGCUUCGGAAACUGAAGGCAAUCAUGCUGGCUUUGGGAAGAAGAGAAACUCAGAAAAGCACUCCAAACUCAGGAAGUUGGCUGAAGAGAUCUGGAAACUCACUGCCUUAUGUUGUAGGAUCUCCAUGACCAGACUGGAAUAGAGGAUUUACCCUGACUCUGAACUAUUUAUUUCCUCCUCCCCAUCCCUAUGGAGGAACCACAAAGACUGAUAUAUAUUUAGCAGUUUCGCACAUCUCUCUCUAGAGCUGGUUAUACACAGGUGAAACGAAACAAAAGUUUUUGUGUACCUUUGGUAUCCAUUCUCUAAAUUCAAGACUUGGCUUUUCUUGUGAGAAUAUUAUUUUGAUAUUUUCUAUGUGUGUAGGGAUGUCUCAUAAGAAGUUGGCUUUGAGCUCUUUUUGUGUUUUUAGAUUGGACCAGGACUUGAAGAUUUACUGGCGGACAAGUAAGUUCUUUAGACCCUGAAAGGCAGUGAUGCUUCUAAUGCUGACCAGCUGCAAGAAGCUGUUUACAGUGUCCCUGCCACACCGCUACUGCGAUGUGUAAUGUCAUGUGUGUGUACAUCACCCAAGUCUUACCAGUUCUGAGUCACUGAGGGGUAUCAUAGCCCCAGAAGCUCUCCUAAUAUGCAGAAUAACCAUGAUGGAAAACAUGAUUCCUGACCCAUUGAACUGGGUUCACCAGUCUUUCUUUACAAGUCCCCAAAUAGAGUCUGAAUUAAGAAAUCAAAUCAAGUUUGGAGGGAUAAAACUGAGCAGAAAAAACUACUGCAUUACCAGGUAAAAAGCAAAACAACUGCUUUUUAAAAAUCUAAAGUAACCUUAAAAGUUUUGUUUUAGAUAACAUUUGGUUGCAAAAAAUAAAUUAUUGCCCAUACUUAAAGAUUCACAGGAAGAAAAUCAUCAUAAACCUUAAUGUUUGAUUAACAUUUAAUUUACACUUUAUUAAUAAUUUAAAUGUCUUCUUUUGGGGUCAUUUCUUUAACAUUUUAGUUGUUAGCCUUAGCCAUUAAUGGCUGCGCUAUCCCUCCAAGCCCUGGGGUCAUUUCUUGAAUGAGGAGAGGAGAAAGAAUGUGGUUCAAGAGAUGUUCAGAACUAGGCUGGUGCUAACAUGCUUGUAAGCUCAGCAUUUGGGAGAUGAGGUAGGAGGACCUCAAGCUUGACGUCGGAGUGGGUAACAAAGCAAGACUCUCAAAAAAUGAAAUAACUGAAAAAGAAAAAUAGAGAGAAGAUUAAGAUUGAACCUGUGGCUGAGGGAAAGGAUCUGCUGCCAGAUGGCCAGCUGGAAAGUGUACUCCACAGAGGUACAUGGGUCCACAUUUGAGGACUAACAUAUACAUACCCUACAUAAAACUGAUGGUGAUUUAUUUGGGGAAGUCACUUCAGGAGGGCCUCUCUUCUCUCCUUUCUUCAUGACAGUUCUGCCCAGCAAGGUUGUUAUGCACCUGUUCUGAGCAGCUGCAAUGCUGGAUGCAAAGAUAUGGAAGACUUGGUCUGGGUCCUUAGAAAUCAAGAGCAUGAGGACACCAAGGCCAAGAGGUUCCAGUGUCUUCAAAUAGCUUUGCUAGAGCUGACGUAAUGUGCCUCAAAGGCUCCAGAAUGAGAGUAUCGAUUCAGGUUGGAAGUACUGCAUAGUAGGGGAAGUCAUCAGUUGAACAGUUAUACUUAAGUUGGGAAAGAAGACAAGUGUCAUUACCAGUGCACAUGCUAGAUUUCCACGCUCUCAACUCAAGGCUUGGCUUUUAUGUGGGAGUAGUCAAAAUAUUUUAAAAAGAUGUCCUCACAUUUAUCAGUGGCAAGCACCUCAGAGGGCAGUGGUGCUGGCUCUGUGUAUAUACACCAUCUAUUACUAUUCAUGAAUACAAUUAAAUACAUGCUAACAAAUUAAAAACAGAAAAUGGCAACCUAAGUACAGGAAACCUUUCUGAAGAAAUUCAGAAAGAAACUUAUUAAGAAAUGUUGGACUUUCUUUUUUCUUUUCAAAGGAAUUAUUUCACUGUGUUUGGAUAUUUAUGAAUUUUCAUUUAUAGAAGGAAUUUUAUAUUUCCAGUCUUCCUGUGACAAGGAAAUGAAUGUACAUUCAAUGAAAAAUAAAUGCAAACAAAAAGAAA